UAAGAAACCGACGCUCUGCGAGUCCCGUGGUUCAAUCGGACCGCCGUAAAGUAUUGUCAUGAGUUUAAACACACUGCUGAAGGCUGCAGAGUUUUUAGAGCUCUCUUCUGAGCGAUCUCCGAGGGAAAAUUCAAGUACACGUGGACAACAUGCAGUAGUCUUUAAUAUAGACAGGAGAAGAGUUGUCUCGGAGUCUGACGCCCUCGAUCGUCGCCGAAGACCUGGCGGUGCUGGUACAAGAGAAACACACAAUAAGCUGGAAAAGAAUCGGCGAGCGCAUCUGAAAGAGUGUUUCGACGUUCUCAAACGAGAAGUGCCAACUUUAGAAGACAAGAAAACUUCCAAUCUGAACAUACUUAGAAGUGCUUUAAAGCACAUUCAGAUUCUAAAGAAACAAGAGCGAGAGUAUGAGAAUGAGUAUGGCCAGCUAAAGUUGAGUAACCGUGCUAAGCGUGAACGAGCCGAUGCCUUAAAACAGUUCUUAAUAGCAGAGAGAAAGCUGCCACCAAAUUUAGAAGUUUCCAAGGUAAAACCGAUAGGAGAUGCUAAACCUCCAUCAACUUGUACAACAGCAACAGCGGCUAGCUGCCCAGUGUCUGUUUCGACUCAAACUCCACCGAGUCCAAGCAAAGAGGGCGUCAAAUGCAUAACGUCUGUUUCAAGUGAGUGCAAUGGUGCUGUGAGUACUUGUACAAACGACUCGGGGAUCGAAGAAAACCAUGCAGCCUCUGACAAUGAUACCAAGACGUAUUAUAAUGAAUGGUCUAAGUUGGAAGAUAACGAUGAUGAAAAAACAGAUACGGACGAAGGGCUUAGUCAUUCUGAAGACGAGAGAGACAUUGAGAUUGACGUAGUUGGUCAAGAUGAUGUUGGCAUUCUUGAGAACAAUCAUGUGAAAAUGGUGGAGGAACCAGAGUCCCAGGUUGACAAGGAUCAGUGCGACACCGUGUUAAAGGGAUGGAGUACGACGCCUUAUGCGAAUGCUGGGAGACGGAAGAGAUCCCGCUCGGCCGACAAGAGAGAGGAAGACUCCGAUUACGAUGGUGACACCAAGGAAGAGCCUAAAACAAAAAUUCAAGCGUGUGCUCGCGUUAGCAGCUAGAUUGAAAACCUUGCCUAAUAUUGGAGUCUAAGGAUUGAUUAUCUAAUCCGUGAAUAGUGUUUUGGUAGCUUCCCCUCUGUAAGUUUUGGUAUGUGUAAAUUAGAAUGAGCAGAAUCAUUAUGGUAUAGCUAGAUAAAUACAAUCAUAAUAAUACAGUCGCUUCGUCACUGAUUUCAAUCAUAAAAAUAAUAAUAUUGUAUAUAGUGUUUGCGAAGAAAAGUAAACAUACUGCGACAUGGAAUUAAAAAACAUCAAUAUUAGCUCCAAUACUGAAUUGUAAUCUAAACAGCGAGCUCUUUACUUCACUUAUUUUUUGCAGAGCCCGGGGCUCCGUCAUUAUUUUCCUAAAAGCUGUGCUUUAAAGGAACGUUUUCUUUUCCUCUUUAAAAUGUUAUUGUUCAGUAUGAAUUAAAAUUUAAGUACCUUUAAUGCAACAUAGCACAGAAACAGUCACAAAUAACUGAAGAACUAUUUGUAUCUCUAUGGCACCAUUGUCAUUACAAAGGCCAUGAUUAUAAGAAUAUUGUGAGGGCUAUAAGCUAAUGUGCUUAAGGUCACAUGGAGAAUUGGUUAGGCUGGAGCAGUCAGUAUUGGAGAAAACUCUACUGCCUUUCCCAUACUUUGGUGUCCAUUAACAGUGGUAUUGCUAGAUUGUUAGUUAGACCAAGAGUACGUAAUAUAAAAUAAUUAAAAUAUACCAUAAACAUUUGAAUACAUAGGCUCUUUUACCUGGUAGUUUUUGGUUUACCGCAUUUGGUAUUGGUUCCUAAAUAUGUUGACCAGUUAGGUCUUGAUUAUCUUUUGCUACUGCGUAGCAGUUUUCCGACUGGUUUUGAAGUGUAAACAAAUAAAUAUGCCAUGGUCCAUUUUUGGACUGUUAUGAUCUUCGAACCGCUUCUUGUGUUUUGGUAUCUUUUUAUUUCGAUGUGCGAAGGAUUGGAGCCGUAGGCCGUAGAGCUAGACAGAUAUGGCUCUGUUUACUUGUAUUUUUGCCGGAGGGGCGGGGGGUACAUACAAUUUUGAUUCAUUUGUCCUUUGCUAUGUAUCUGCCUAGACUUAGACCGCUCAUAUUAACCUCAUAUGUUUACUAAAAACUAAUAACCCAAAAUAUACAAACCUACCUAAGCCAAAAAAAAAAUCAAAAGGUUCUUAUUUGAUGAGUUAGUCCAAUUAAAAUUGAAACAAAUUAAGGGGCUUUAAAAUAUAAAUUUGCUAAAUGUUUUGCUGGUCAUUCAAGAUAUGUUUACAGAUACAUCUUACAUACAGUAGGAUAUCUCUGUUAGCUAAAUGGCUAAGUAUUCAGUCACACUCCGGUAUUAUGAAUCCUACUGCUGAUUAUUAAGCAACUUUGAAAAAAAAAAUUAAGAACCUAAUUAAAACCUAUUUUGCCUUAAUUUUUAGUAAGAACCCCAAAAUAUAAGAACCUGUUUUGCAAGACAAAAAAACAACUAGGUUCUUAUAUGCGGGCUUUUGCUGUAGUGUGAUCAGAUACGAGAGCUUUUCAAAUUGUUGGAAAAAGGACUAAAUAUUAUAUGUUCUACUAAACAAAGCGGUCAAUCGGUCAUUUUUGCUAAGUUUCGGUUGGCAGCCAAAACAGCAAACUCUAAAUGGCCACUAGACAACGCCAACAGACCUCCUCCUGCGGGGAGAGGGUGGCUUGUUAACCUUUCACUGCUUUGUCCCGAUCAGGUCAGCGGAAGGCGGUUAGCCUGGCUAUUUCAGGGGAUACUUUAAACACGAAGGCGCGGUAUAUAAGGGCCUAAGCCCCGCCCCCAUUUUCCAAAUGGAGAAAAAUUCUAAUAUGGCGGCCAUUACCGUUACGAGCCCAGUCAAGAAAGAAUGCCCCCAAAUCUAAUGAUUUGAUAUCAAACGAAUAAAUCAUUUCCCAAAUGAAAGAAAAAAUGUGUUUGAUUUGUACUUCAAGCCUUUCUUGGCAGCGAAAAAUGCAUAUUUGUCUUAGAAUUCGUACAUUUACGGCGCGAUUUCAAUUCUCCCGCCUUUCCCUUUGACGCCAUUUGUGGUGUGCUUACCUUCCCGACCUUCCUAGGGAAGCAUUUGGUGAGCUUGGGCCCGCAAUGACUACAGUUAUUGCUUAGCAGCCUAUCCUUAGGGAUUAUGCGUGCAACGGGGUGCAAGCAGAGCUAAUUUUUGCCAUUCUUAGCGUGUUUAGAAAACAUGUUUCGUUUAGCGUUUUCGCCUCAUUUCUUCGCACUUUUUUGGCCCGUAGCAUUCGUAUUUCAAUUAGACAUUCGGUGAAAUAAUGAAGAGCAUUGUACUCUGGAAAGAAGCACCUAAAA